GCUCUCUGGCCCCCUUCUGCUUUAAAAAGCCACUAGAGCUCCGCGGGCAGCUUGCUGGCCGCUCCCUUCCCACGCCUGGACCAUGCCCCGUAGCCGCUUCCUGCGCGGCCACAGGCGAGGGCUCGGUAUCUGCAGCUGAGAGCUAAAACUUUUUUUUUUUGACUUUUCUUUCCCCCAACAACUGAACCAUGCCAUGUGCUCAGAGGAGCUGGCUGGCAAAGCUCUUGAUGGUGGCUCAGCUUCUUAGCUUUGGGGCUUUUUGCCACGGGAGACAAGCUCAGCCCGUCCCGGUUCGCUUCCCAGACCCGAGGCAAGAGCAUUUUAUCAAGGCCCUGCCCGAAUAUCACGUGGUGGGGCCAGUCCAAGUAGAUGCCCGCGGACAUUUUCUGUCUUACGGACUGCGUCAUCCCGUCUCCAGCAGCAGGAGGAAGAGAGCCGCGGGCGGCUCUGAGGACAAGGUGUACUACAAAAUUUCACACGAAGAAAAAGACCUGUUUUUCAAUCUGACGGUCAACAGGGAGUUUCUCUCCAAUGGCUAUGUCGUGGAGAAGAGAUACGGGAACCUUUCCCAUGUGAAGAUGGUGGCUUCCUCUGGCUCACCCUGCCAUCUCAGGGGCACAGUUCUGCAGCAGGGCACCACAAUUGGGACAGCAGCCCUCAGUGCCUGCCAAGGACUGACUGGAUUUUUCCAUCUACCAUAUGGUGACUUUUUCAUUGAGCCUGUUAAAAAGCAUCCGCUGACGGAAGAAGGGUACCACCCUCAUGUCGUAUACAGGAGUCCGGAGACAAAGGAGCCCACCUGCGGAUUAAAGGACAGUCUAGGUAACUCUGAGAAGCAAGAGCUGCAGAGAGAGAAGUGGGAGAGGAAAAACUCGCCAAGCAGAAGCCUCUCACGGCGCUCCAUAAGCAAGGAGAGAUGGGUGGAGACACUUGUGGUAGCUGACACCAAAAUGGUUGAGUACCAUGGAAGUGAGAACGUGGAGUCCUACAUCCUCACCAUCAUGAAUAUGGUCACCGGGUUGUUCCAUAACCCAAGCAUUGGCAAUGCAGUCCACAUUGUCGUGGUUCGACUCAUUCUACUUGAAGAAGAGGAGGAAAGUUCUUGA